AUGAAGACGGUUCUCAACGAUCUUCAAAUUGUCGUCGAGCGGCAUUCAGAUGUUUUACGCAAUAAUGCUGUACCAUUUCGUAUUAUUCUCGCUUUGAGAAUCAUCGGUUUCCUCAUCUCUCCAGUUGCUUCGGUGUAUGGUUUUCUGACGCUGCUGCCGUUUCAACUAUUUUCCAUUGAAGUAUGGCGGCUGUUCACAUGUAGUUUUGUGGGCAAUAAUGUGCUUAUAUUUGCUUGGACACUAUGGAGUUUACAUUUCGGGACAAAUCUCGUUAGACAAAACAACAGUAAUGAGAACCUGCUGAAGAUAUACGCAAUAACUCAGGUAAAGCCUCUCCACUUUCAGUUUCUUCCGGACUCCAUUCUUCUGGAUACUCCACUUGGCCGACUCAAAUACACUCACACACCACUGCUGGUUGUUUUACUCAGCUCGUUACUUUCAGUCUUAGGUGUUGUUGUCUUACAAUGUUUACUGGCCGUGCAAAUAUCGUGGACAUAUCUUCGCUUCUUUAAUCCACACGAGUUGGAUUUGUUUUAUGGUGACAGCAGUGAACAUUUUGUGUGGGCAAGUCUUUUUCCACGAGCCGUUCAACCAUGCUGCUCUAUUUUGGGACGUGUAUUCUUCAGGAGCCUUGCGAAACUUGGAGUUUGCAAAAGAUCGGUAUGUUGA